UAACAUGAAUUUUCAGAUUAACACAUUGUCGGCACAUGUUUGGAAUUUAUAGCAAGACAGCAAUUUCGUAAAAAGAGUAAUAGAGUUUCGUUAAAUAAAAUGCGUCGUUUGAAAAAGUAUCAGUCUGGAGAAGCAGCACAAUAUAUUACACGCCGCGCGGCUUUGCGUAAGUUACAAUUAUCGCUGAACGAUUUUCGCCGCCUAUGUAUAAUCAAAGGUGUUUAUCCACGUGAACCUAAACAUCGUAGAAGGGCACAAAAGGGGUCUUCUGAAAUUAAAAUACUUUACCACGCGAAAGAUAUACGGUUUCUGCUUCAUGAACCUAUUGUUUGGACACUAAGAGAUUACAAGAUUUUUGCAAAGAAGACUGGGAGAGACCGCGCUGUAAAAGAUUUUCGUAAUUUAAAGCGACGCUUGGCUUUAUUUCCAGAAUUGCGAAUAGAUCAUAUUGUGAAGGAACGAUAUCCAACGUUUGUUGAUGCAAUUAAAGACCUCGAUGAUUGCUUAACGUUACUUUUCCUAUUCAGCACAUUUCCUUCAUUACGUUUAAUUCCACGAGAGCAAUCGUUUUUAUGUAGACGACUUACUAUAGAAUUCCUACAUUAUAUUAUCAGUUCGAAAUCAAUUCGUAAGGUUUUCAUAUCGAUUAAAGGAUUUUAUUUUCAAGCGGAUAUUAAAGGUCAAAAAGUUACAUGGAUUAUGCCUCAUCAUUAUCCUUUUAAACCUCAUUCAAAGGCAGAAGUUGAUUUUAAAGUUAUGUCGAUUUUCGUGGAAUUUUAUACAAUAAUGCUUGGAUUUGUAAAUUAUCGCCUUUACCAUAGUGCAGGAUAUACUUACCCACCUAAAUUUCAUUCAGAAAUACACAAUGAUUCGCAGGAUAAUUAUAAAGACGAAUUAUCAUAUGUUUCAGAUCGUAUUGCGACGCUUAAUUGUGAUUUGAUAUCCACUGAAAAUGAGUUAGAAGACGAAAUUGAGAAUAUUGACCUAGAUUUACUUGAACAGGGUCAAAGUUCAAAUCGUAUAAUGAAGUUAAGAAAGGAAGCAAAAGAACUUACAAACCUACGCUCACUUUUUAAAGGGUUAAAGUUUUAUGUCAAUAGAGAGGUACCACGUGAACCCAUAGUAAUCUUAAUACGAUCGUUUGGAGGCAAAGUUUCUUGGGACUGCACAGCGUUCGUUGGAGCCACUUAUAACGAAAGCGAUGAAACUAUUACUCAUCAAAUCGUCGACAGACCAAUUCUAAGUAAAAAAUAUAUAUCUCGUGAUUAUAUUCAACCACAAUGGGUCUUCGAUUGCGUUAAUAAGCGCACACUACUUCCAACGAACAGUUAUUUUUUAGGGGUUUUGUUGCCACCUCAUUUAUCCCCAUUCGUUGAUAGUAACCGAGAUUCUUAUGUUCCCCCCGAGGAAAAUGAAAGCGAAAAUGAAUCAGAUUUCAAUCAAAAAAAAUAUGUUGAGGUUAAUGCUGGGUUUUCAGCAACAGCAAAAAAAAUAAUAGACAGUCACACCAUGGAUGAUGAUCAAUUACAAAAAGCAUAUAUUGAAGAAAGAGCAGAUUUUGAGGAGUUUGAUCACAUCGAAAACGAAGAGGAGCAAAAUGACGAUAAUGUUGCUGAAGAGGAAAAGGAAAAACUUCGACACGAAGAAACGCUGUCCAUGAGUGUUCAGGCUGGUAAAGUCCACAAAGAAAAUAAGAAGAUCCGUCGAAAGAAUGAAAUAGAUGAACACCGGUUACAAGCACGCAUGGUAAAGUCUCGUCAUCGCACACUUUUUAGGAAACUAGUACGAGAAAAACAAGUAAAAGAAAAGGAAAAAUGGUUGUUGAAAAAGAAACGUCGAAAUAUUGAAGCACAAAAAACUAAUCUAAUAUCUAACUAAUAUAGUUACAUAUAUACAUGUUUAAUGUACAGGGUGGCGCACUAAUUAGCACACCAUCUCAUGUUAUGUCAUGUCAAAUUAACAGAAUAUUUAAGAAUAAAAAUUAUAUGUAUGUGUACAAUAA